UCCGGGCGCGGCGGCAUGGAGGCUCCGCCCGAGCGGCCCCCGUCGCCCCCCGCGCCGGCCCGGGAGCGCGCCCCGCCGCAGGCCGUGUACCACCUGAAGUGGGUGCGGUGGCGGGAGGCGAGCGCGCCGGUGGUCACGCAGAACGAGAACGGGCCCUGCCCGCUGCUGGCCGUCAUGAACGCGCUGCUGCUGGCCUGGAAGGUGAAGCUGCCGCCCAUGAUGGAGCUCAUCACCGCCGAGCAGCUGAUGGAGUACCUGGGAGACUAUAUCCUUGAUUCAAAACCAAAAGAAAUCUCUGAAAUCCAGCGUUUAAACUAUGAACAGAACGUGAGUGAUGCAAUGGCAAUCCUGCACAAGCUUCAGACCGGCCUUGAUGUGAAUGUGAAGUUCACUGGGGUACGAGUAUUUGAAUACACGCCCGAAUGCAUCGUGUUCGAUCUUCUUGAUAUUCCCUUAUAUCACGGGUGGUUAGUAGAUCCUCAGGUUGGUGACAUUGUGAAAGCAGUUGGUAACUGCAGCUACAACCAGUUGGUGGAAAAAAUCAUCUGCUGUAAGCAGUCAGACAACAGCGAGCUGAGGAAGGAAGGCUCCGUAGCAGAGCAGUUCCUCAGUAGCACAGCCACUCAGUUAACUUACCAUGGCUUGUGUGAAUUGACAUCCACCGUUCAAGAAGGAGAGCUGUGCGUGUUCUUCAGAAACAACCACUUCAGCACCAUGACCAAACACAAGGGCCAGCUUUACCUUCUGGUGACCGACCAAGGUUUCCUUACAGAAGAUAAGGUGGUUUGGGAAAGUUUGCACAAUGUGGAUGGGGAUGGGAACUUCUGUGAUUCUGAAUUCCACCUGCGGCCUCCAUCUGAUCCGGAAACGGUGUACCAUGGGCAGCAGGAUCAGAUUGACCAGGACUAUCUGAUGGCCUUAUCUCUGCAACAAGAGCAGCAAAGCCAAGACCUCAGUUGGGAGCAGCUCCCUGAAGACAUCAGUGACCUCGAACUGGCCAAGAAGCUCCAGGAAGAAGAAGAUCGACAGGCCUCGCAGUACUAUGAGGAGCAAGAGCAAGCUGCCACCACCGCCACCGCUACCCCCCCUGCUGAAGACCAGCAAACCCAGGACGAUGCCAGCCCUCCCUCAACAGAAAGGCAGCCCGGGGGCAGUGAGCGGAAGAGGAAAGAGCUGCGGGAGAAGGAGAAGAGCGCCUGUGCCAUUUUGUAGCGGUGGGGUGGCUCUGGAGCCCAGCAUGUCCGUCUGAAGCAUGGGAGCAGGAGGCCCACCCGCCACCAGUGUCUGGGAAGCCCACAGCCGAUGGCCUCCUGAAGAUCCCCACGAAGACAGCCUUGCCGAGGGAUCUGGACGGGGGACAGCCUGCUGUGGAAGGGAGCGUGGUGGGGAGAUGGUGAACAUGCCCCCGUAGUGGCAAAGAAGCCGCUCACUGCCUGCCUCGUGGGCAUCUUUGGAUCAUCACGAGAAGAUGCGACGUGGGGUCCAAGAUGCACUGCAGACAGAGUUCUGGCAUGGGGGGCGGGGUGUGUGUCCCUGGACUGGCAGGCUGAGCCCCUCAACAGGCUCUAGCUGAGCUUUGGUGGCUGACCUGGCCAAGAAUCGGGCUUCAGAACACCUUGAAGCAAAAGGAGGCGAGAUCUCCUCGGGACGAGGCUCACCAUGGCCUGGUCUCUCAAGUUUUUAAUCAACUGCCGGACUCUGUAGGGAGGGGGGACAAUGAAGGAAGCAGAUGCUUACAUUCGUUUGAGAGUGGCAUCAAGCGUGAGCUGCGUGAAGCUGUGGCCGGUCACCUGCCACAACAUGUGAACUGUGGGUCCAUUGUUUGUAUCAUGCGAGAUGGAUCGUUUCAGGACUGGAUCCUAACAAAUGAAUCCUUGCUUGUUCCUUUAAGACGUGGUUGUGCUCUCUUUGGAGAAAACAUGUCUGUGCCCAGUUACCGCUGGGGGUGGGGGUGGAAUCCAGUUUUGUAAGACCUAAUAUAAAUCCACAUGCUACAUGUCAUAGGAUAGAGCGCCUUCUGGCUGGAAUUACCUGUUGACUUUUGCAAGGAAGGAAGGGCAGUGACCUUCAUCCUCUCAAUAACUUUAUAGCACUUUGCAAAUGCUUUAGACCAUUUUUGCUGUACUUCUAAAGUCUGGACUUAAGGCCAGACUUUGCUGUCGAUAUACAGAGUCCCACGCCAACAUUCAUACAAAAUGUGACAAUCUAACUACAGGGAAGGAGAUGAUUGAAAUGUCAUUGAAGAUCUGUAGCUUAAUAUUUUUUCCUGAAGUUUUUUGGAUGGAGUCUAAACUAGCAAGGCAGUGACCUGUCUAACUCUUGCCUUACAGCUCUUUAAAUACCUUAAGCCAGAGGACAAUGAAGUGGGGAAAAAAUAAAUAUUUAAUUUUAGCGACAUUUUCACAUAAGUGGUUUGGGUUUGCAUCUGCUGUGUAUGCAUUUUUAAAUAUGAAAUGCCCUGGCCCAUUGCUAACACACGUGAUGUUUUACGCAGAACUGAAUUUACCUUGUAUCAUGUUGGAGUGAUAUGAAAGCAGAUCUCUUUUACAUUUCCAAUCUUAUUUGAUAUGUGUGCAUUAUCCUGAUCUGUUUUACACUUGAGUGCCGUCCUGCGUUAAUAACUUUUGAGAGCCUACCACUGAUGUUAGAUUGAGGUUUAUCCUAAAAAAAAUCAGCCUUGCAGCUUACACCUGUACCCGCUUGUUGCGUGCUGUUUGACCAUUAUGAAAUGCAGAAAUCUAGCAAACACAGGACCAGCUGGCAGCUUGCUUUAGAAGUCAUGUUCUGAGAGAGCCGAACAAAGACGUGUUUCCCGAUUCUUCACAUGCCUGUGCCAGUUUCAGAGAAAUGGUCUUGCCCAAAUUGUACCCGGGGUCAUUGUCUUCAGGUCUUUGUCUGCUGUAGUGUUGGUGAAGCAUUGCGCCUGCUGUGUGGUUCUCGGGUAGAGAAGUGGCCCUUCCCUCUCAUCAGAAGGGCACAGAGGAAGGGCAUCUUUCAUGCCAAGCAGCAGCAGCUUAGUUCGGUUCCGUGUCUUGCCAGCACAGCGAUCCUUGUGGCGGCUUGGCAGCCUGUUGGAGACUCGGUGAGUGGUAGCCAGGAGGGGGCUCUUCAUUCUCAAAGGACGCCCCCCCCCUGCCCCGCUUGUCAAGUUGCUUCUGCAGCUGGAGGGCGGUCCCUGAGGCCUUACUAGCAGACUUCACCUUGGCUACCUCUCCCCAAAGUUACUGUCAACGUAAAUUGCCUUUUUAUCUCUGCAGAAACUUUGUUUUGUCGUUUGCUUUGCUUCCGUGUGAUGCUGCCCUGCCUGCCUUAUGACGCCCAUGUUUUGAGCUUAGCCCAGCAUGCCCUGCCUCCGCGGGGAACCAGGGCUUCGAUAGCAGGUACCCAGGAGAUGCACAAGGGGCGUUCUGGGAGGGUAACCAGCCGAGGGUCUCCGCUGUGGGAAUGCAUGCAGAACGAAGUUCAUCAGCACAACCCUCAAGCACUGCCAAAUACUUUUGUAAGAUACUGCUGAAAACCCUCAAAUCAUGCCAAUUGUGACAGGAGCUUCCGUCCGUAACUAGAAUGACUUGAUGGCUUGGCUCUUCCCCACAGCAGCCCUUUCGCUUCCCUUCUACACGAUACUGUAGAGUGCAAGCCGCACGGGAGACCCGGACCCAUGGAGAGUAAGGCAAAGGGCCAUUGGGCCAACUCAGCUGCUCCGUCCCAUCACCUGCUGCAGAGCCUUGGGCCAGAGUGGCUUUCGGCUGGCUUGAUGGUGGUGGUGGCAGCCACGGCCUUCUGCCUCAGUUAGAUGUGACAUAUUCAAGCUUCAGGCAGCGUUUUGUUCAGUCCUUAUUUAUGGACUAUGAAGUUGUGGCUCAAUCACCAGCUUUUUUUAGCAAAUCAGACUCUUUGCAUGGAUUUACACUGUGAUCAGCGAAUAGCUGCUUUCUGUUGAAUAUUGUCAACAUUCUUUGAUGUCUUGAGCUGACACCUGUUGCUAGUCUUGUCUAAUUUUUAUAUUUAUAAUUUUUAACAGAUUUAAGUGACUUCCUCAUGUAAUAAAAAUUGAUUCAAGUUC